GCGGCGGCGCGGCAGUAGCGCGCGAUCCGCCGCGGCCGGCCGCCGUACGCGCGCGCGCAACGAACGAACGAGCCGCACUCCCGCGCACACGACUCUACCGCGAACUAUCGCGACCACGACCGACGAUCCGCCCCUACCUCACACCCAUCACCGAACCCGCCACCCUCACCGAACGAACCUAUCACCCGGUGCACCGUCGGAUCGACCUUUGUAGUCAGUACCCACUGCACUUUGCGAGGGCGGAUUAUAACGAACAAAUCGACUAACAAACUCGAACCACACGAAGGUGUCGCGCCGCAAAAAGCGCAACACAAUAGAGUAAGCGUCUAAUUAUAAACGUGGUUGAGUUAGCACCGCCGAGAUGCAGAACAUUGAUCCUCUGGAGAUCGCCAACUUCCUCGCCACGGAGCUGUGGUGCCAGCAGUUGGCGAACCUCGAGGGCCUCCUCGGGGUCCCGACUCGCACAACGGCCACCAUCACGCCGACGCAACUGCGCAACUUCGAGCAGACUUACAUCGAGCUGACCAACUGCCGCAGCGAGCCCACCACGCACGCCGGCUUCGUGCCGCCGUCAGUCACGCACGCCAACAACUACGGCAUCCUGAAUCCGACGGCGUAUUGUGAUUCGGGCCCGACGACGGCGCUGCACGUGUCGCCGGGCCCGCUCUCCGCCAGCGGCGACAGCAGCAGCAGCCCCGGCCUGCCCACGCCCAAGCGGCGCAACAUGGGCGGCCGCCGGCCCAACAAGGCGCCGCAAGAACUCACGCCCGAGGAAGAAGAGCGCAGGAAGAUCCGCCGCGAGCGAAACAAAAUGGCCGCCGCCCGUUGUCGCAAGCGCAGACUCGACCACACCAACGAGCUGCAAGAGGAAACCGACAAAUUAGAGGAAAAGAAGCAUGCGCUCCAGGAGGAAAUCCGCAAACUGAACGCUGACCGGGAGCAGCUGCAAGUGAUCCUUCAGAACCACAUGGUAUCUUGCCGGCUCAACAAGAGAUCCAUCAGCCCGCCCGAUGUGAAGCCCUUCCAGGACCCGUACGCCUACCCUGAGAUACCCGAGGAUGGCGUCCGUGUCAAGGUGGAAGUGGUUGACCCCUCAGUAGACACGGUCUUAGUGUUGGACAAUAUUUACUCAACGCCGCCGACUGACAAAAAAAUUAUGCUGUCGUCGGCCAACCCAGCCGUGGUGACGAGUGGGUCGCCCGCCGCCCUGGAGACCCCGCCGGCGAUAGUGCGUCCCAACAGACCCAACUCCCUCCAGGUGCCGCUCAGCCUCACACCAGCACAGUUACACAACAACAAGGCGCUGGGAAACAACAAAAUAGCCGGCAUAGAGAUAAGCACGCCGAGCAACGGCAUCCCGUUCAACUUCGAGAGCCUGAUGGAGGGCGGCACGGGGCUGACGCCGGUGCACGGCCACGCGCUGCCGCUGCCGCACCCGUGCGCGCAGCAGCAGCGCGCCGCGCCCGACGCCUCGCCCGCCGAGCCGGCGCCGAGCUCGCUGGUGAGCCUCUGAUCGCCGUCGCCUGCGCGUGCGCCGCUCCCCGCGCCGCUCCCCGCGCCGCUCCCCGCGCCGCUCCCCGCGCUGUUCCCCGCGCUGUUCCCCGCGCUGUGCGACUGAAGCUCUUCGUGAACUGACGAGUUUAUUAAGGACUGCGCCUAUUUAUUCGACGAUUCGGUCGUUCCUUUCGUUUUCCGACCUUCGUUCUGUCGUCUUUCUUCUGUCCCGAUUAUGUAUUUAUUGAGCUCCGUAAGUGACGUCUUGCUCAUUUCGCGCUUUGUAUUUAUAAUGUUAUUUCGUAGUUUGGUAAUGUUAGUGAAACGGCCCGAUGGCGCCGGCCUGCCGAAGUCAAUUCGUGAGCUGUUUUAAAAGUUCUACAGAAUAUUUUUAUAUGAAUAGAUGUAUUCAGCAGAUAUGAUAAUAAUAAUUGUGAUGUAAAAAUAAAACAGAGUUUUAUUUGAAGCAUUUCGAGAUUGUCGUUGGUGUUGUGCAUAUGAUCAUAUCUAGCGACGCUAGACUUAGUCGGUGCGUUUUGUUGUGAAUUUUAUGUAAAAACAAUCUCUUACGCUUUGACCGUGGACUUUUCGGCACAAAACGUUUGUAUACCCUCGAAAUAUCUUGUCAUAAUAAACCUCGUGCCAUUUGCUAAGUCUACUCUCGGGAAUAUGAUGACGAGUAUGGAAUAAUUAGUUAACCAUAAACUAACAGCAAUACUUAAAUGAUUAAUAUAUUGAAUAUAAGUUAGCUCAAUGUCGAUGUAACGUCUUACCGUUCCACGUACUGGUAGUGUAACGUUAUUGUUAAGUCUUUUGUGAUACGUCCAGUGAUGUGAGGCGCUGGGCCGAUGGCCGCGGCCACUUCGUGUUUAAGUUUUGUAUUACUCAUGCCUGUUGCCUGUUGCCAUCACUCAAGGAAUCACCUCGGUACUGUGUACUCGUGCAUUUCUACAAACCCAAAUGAACAUUGUUCGCGACUUGUUGACCUUUCUGAUGUACUAUAUAUAUUUUUAUACAAAUAAACAUUGUGUCUUAGAUACAAUUGCGUCCAUGGCAUGAGUUUAGAAAUUUUAUAUUUAUGGUAAAGACCAUUGGUAAAAAAAUAUAUUUAGUUUAAGGCAAUAAUUAGAAUAAGACACUUAACAUUUAUUAAUAUGCAUAACUUAGACCAAAUUAUUAUCUUAUGUUUUUCUCGUAGUUAUAAAUUAAAAUUUAAGCCAAAAAUUCAUUUAUUUUAGUUUUAGUUAGCUAUUUCCAUUAAAGUAUUACUGUUUAGGCGUUGACGCGAAGGUAUUUAUUUAGUAGUAACUACACUGUGCGGCACUGCAGUGUCCAGUGCAACACGCAGUGCACGCGAGGCGGACUGACGCCUCGUACUCUUGUAAACGACUUCUAACUGUUAGUACUCAAACGAGAUGUAUAACGCAUAAUAUCGACACAUUUAUAUGUAAGUGAUGUAAUUUUUUUCUAGACGAAUUUUUCGUAACGCGGACAUAUAGACUACUUUUGUAUUUUUUCAUGAAAUAAAUAAAGCAAUAUA